GCCGAGCAGAAGCACUAGCAAGAGCGCAAGCAAAGCAAAGACAGUUGAACACAGAAUACAGCAGCGGACAUAGCGAUAAGGCCAGUUACGCGAAAUAUAGAAAACAGAAACAGAACAUUAGAACUGCACAACCACAGACAUUGUGAGCGAAGUGAAGUGUGUUAACCAAGUGAAUACCGCAAGGAAAGUGUUCCCAGCCACAGAUAUGGCCACCUUAUCCACGCACCCGAACUACGGCUUCCACUUGGGCCAGGGCCAAGGUCUGGAUCUGCCCGCGCCCGGCGACUACGCGCCCCAGGGCCAGUUGCAGCUGAGUCCCGGCAUGGACAUGGACAUCAAGCGCGUGCUGCACUACUCCCAGAGCCUGGCGGCCAUGGGCGGAUCGCCCGGCGGCAGCAAUGUCGGGUCCAACAUGGGCCACCACAUGUCAUCCGGCCACAUGGGCUCCCAUCACAUGCACCAGGCGGUGUCCGCCCAGCAGACCCUCUCCCCGAACAGCUCCAUCGGCUCUGCCGGGAGUCUGGGCAGCCAGAGCAGUCUGGGCAGCAACUCCGGCUCCGGAGCCGGCCACCAGUCCUCUGGAAUGCACAGCCUGGCCACCUCGCCCGGCCAGGAGGGGCACAUCAAGCGGCCGAUGAACGCAUUUAUGGUGUGGUCCCGCCUGCAGCGCCGCCAGAUCGCCAAGGACAACCCCAAGAUGCACAACUCCGAGAUCUCGAAGCGCUUGGGAGCCGAGUGGAAGUUGCUGGCGGAGUCCGAGAAGCGGCCCUUCAUCGACGAGGCCAAGCGUCUGAGGGCGCUGCACAUGAAGGAGCACCCAGACUACAAGUACCGCCCGCGCCGUAAGCCCAAGAACCCACUCACAGCCGGACCGCAGGGAGGACUUCAGAUGCAGAGCCAGCAGAUGAUGGGACAGCAGAAGCUGGGCGCGGGUGCAGGAGCUGGCGCCGGCGGCUACAAUCCGUUCCACCAGUUGCCGCCGUACUUUGCGCCCUCGCACCACCUGGACCAGCCGUACCCGGUGCCAUACUUUGGCGGCUUCGAUCCCUUGGCCCUGUCCAAGCUCCACCAGUCACAGGCGGCGGCAGCGGCGGCGGUGAAUAACCACAACAACAGUCACAGCCACAAGGUGCUGGAGGCCCAGGGUCAGGCCCCGCCCCAGCUACCGCCCACCUCGCUGAGCAGCUUCUACUCGGGCAUCUACUCCGGUAUCUCGGCGCCCUCUCUGUACGCCGCCCACUCCGCCAACGCCGCCGGACUGUACACAUCCUCGUCGACGUCCUCCCCGGGAUCCUCGCCCGGCACCAUAACGCCCAACGGCAUGGACGGCUCCAUGGACAGCGCUCUGAGGAGACCCGUCCCGGUGCUCUAUUAGGGCCAGCUCCAUUAGGGUAGAGUACAGAGUAGAGUACAAUUGUUGAAGCAUUCCCAAAGUGAUCCACUGGUUUUAAAUCUUCAAAAGCUCUAAGUAAGCCAAUCCUCCAAACACUUAACUCCGCUUAAUCCUAGUACAAUCUUCGCGCACUUCAGACCUAGGACAUAAGACAGACACGCAUCAUUCCUAGCCAAUAUACAAACUAAAGCUAUAAUUUAUUUCGCGCACUCACUGGAUUUAAGGCAGCACCACAAGAAAGUAAUUGUAAAUUAAUUUUAUUUAGUUUUAAGCAUUGAGAGAGCGCCUCCUCCUUGUUGUUUUUUUCGUACGAGCAUCAGCAACCACUUAAAAUGUAGCUUCUAGUUUUAAAAGAUUAACCCUCUCAAAUUGUAAAUAUCCCAGCCAAUUUCGUUAUAGUCUCAGUGUAGCCCAAACGCGAGGAAAAGAACGUACAUCAAUGUAUUAUUGUAUUAUUAAUUGUAUUAAAAUUAAACGUUAUUA